AUGGCAGCAGUAUAUAAGUCCCUGUCCAAGAAGGACAGCAAGAAAUCCGUGACAACAGAUGACAAUGGCAUCAAGAAGAACAAGCAACGAGUGCUGGUUCUGUCUUCUCGAGGCGUCACAUUCCGACACCGCCAUCUUCUGAACGAUCUCGCUUCUAUGCUCCCGCACGGCCGCAAGGAUGCUAAGUUCGACUCCAAAAGCAAGCUUUACGAACUGAAUAGCUUGUGCGAACUUUUCAAUUGCAACAACUGUCUAUUCUUCGAAGCGAGGAAAGGCCAGGAUCUGUACUUGCAUUGCUCGUCUGUACCUAACGGGCCAACCAUCAAAUUUCACGUCCAAAAUUUGCACACAAUGGAGGAACUUCAUUUCACUGGCAAUUGCCUCAAGGGGUCGCGACCGAUUCUCUCAUUCGAUGCUGCCUUCGAUAAACAGCCGCAUCUGCAAGUCAUUCGAGCGCAGUUCCAGCGUAUAUUCGGCGUUCCGCAAGGGGCUCGAAAGUCGAAACCCUUCAUCGAUCAUGUUAUGAGCUUCAGUGUUGUGGAUGGGAAGAUCUGGGUCAGGAACUAUCAGAUCAAUGAGGAAGAGGCCUCGAAAUUAAAGCCUGCCGAAGGCGAAGCCGACGCAACUAAGGAUACCGACCUCAGCCUCAUCGAAAUCGGACCCAGAUUCGUGCUCACUCCCAUCUAUAUAUCUGAGGGCUCUUUCGGAGGCCCGCUCAUAUUUUCCAACAAGAGUUUCGUUACGCCAAACCAAGUCCGAUCGGAUAUGAGAAAAUUGAAGGCUACCAAACACAAUGGUAGAUCGGAGCAAACGCGGGAGAGGCUUUCGAAGAAGGGAGAUCUUGGUCUCCGAUCAAACAUUGGACACGAAAGGCAGCCAGACGAAACGGAUACAAAGAUGCUGUUUGCAUAG